AAUUGAUAGUUCACUCAUCGGUAUAUAUCUAUCUGUGCCCUCGGGAGUGGUGAGGUGGUCCAGUGCACCCUAGAGGCCUAUUUGAGAUUUUUCGGGGGUCAUAGGGAGGUCUCCGAUGCGAGUGAUCCGGUAUGGCACCCUAUCGGUACCCGUGUGGGUUGAACCUUGGCAUCAGGAGCCGCACCAGCAACCUCAUUGGCAAACUCUGUUUCACGUUCUUUUCUCCUCCACUUCAAUCUUCUGGGGAGUCACCAGAAUCGCUACCAUGUCGCUGCCCCGAUUAUCGUUUUUAUGCCCGCCAAUUCGCCUCAAACGUCCCCCGCUACCAAACGCUGCAUUCCCAUGGCCUACACCACUCACUCUUCCUCGCUCACCUUACAAAUCAUUGGCUCUCCUAAGACACCGCCAUGGUACAGCUGUGGAACCCAUUCCAAUAGCCGACGCACCCAAAAAAGAUGUUAAAUCUAAUAGGGAAUCUCCGGACCAGACACGCCCGAAGGAUGGAGGUGGAUCUUUACCCGGGUCCGCCAGGGAAGCGUUAGAACCGCCAAUCAUAUCAACCGAAACCUCCACGGCUACAACGGAACUGGGAGAGGGUGGAAAAGCUGUGGACGUGAAUAGGGGUCAACCACAGCCUACUCAUCUUGCACCUCCGCCAUUCGUCCACCAUUUCGAUACCUAUAGCUUGGCAAAGGGUCUGGAAGGCUCGGGCUUUACUAAAGGGCAAGCGGUUACAGUCAUGAAGGGGGUUCGGGGGUUACUGGCGAACAACCUGGACGUAGCCAGGGAAAAUCUGGUUAGCAAGAGUAAUGUUGAGAACGUAUGCAAUAACCCCACCGUCGCUAGUGCCGGCUGGCUUGGGAGAUCGAGGGUCUGACGGUAGGAGUUCUGGUAGGAUUCGUAUCUCUUUCACGCUGCUUGCAGUGAGCUGAGAAAUGGGAUACAAAACGAACGUAAAACACAGAUUGACCAGCUUCGAGUGGAGGGUGCUAGCAUACAGCAGGAGUUUGACCUUUUGAGCCAGCGAUUUCUGGAGGACAUCAUGAGUUUGAAGGAUGAGUUGAACGGACUAUUCAAUGAUAGGAAGAUGGUCACCAGAGCUGAGCAGAGGGCCAUGGAAAAUAAGGUUAGUAGCUAUCAUUCCCUUUCGUAUCGGGGGAGUCACUCACGUUGUGCGGCGCCUGGCUGAUAGAUCCAAGAGUUGAAUUAUAAGAUCACCAUCUUGAUCAAUUCCGAUAUGAAAUCUGAGAUUGAGAAGCUGAGAUGGACCACUACCCGCCGUGGGCUCAUUGCUAUUGGCGCCCUAGCAAGUAUGUGCCAAGCUAUCCAUGUCCGCUAUGCCAGUUGGUAUGGGCUAAUGGAAGCCAGUCUUUGUCGUCGCCUCCAUAAAACUUAGUAAAAAGGAAAACGAUGAGAAGAAAAGACACAAGGACGCAGCGCCACUAGAGGAGAGGGACGAACGCAGUCACAAGCUGGUUGGCGGAGCGCCCCACGACCACCUUGCCAAGACCUUGGCGAGUUCAGGGCCAGGGGGUUCGGGUGCAAACUAUGUAUCUCUAGGGUAGAUAUUGAGGGGGAUGGUAUUCUUUAUUACUCUUCCUCGUCUCUUGGUACCAAUAUGAGCUUUUACUACCAUCAUUUUUAGAACAAUAUUCCCUUCAUGAAUAGUCACUCGUGGAUGAAUCAGGAUGAUGACUUUGAUCAAGUGUUGCUUGGGAAGUGUAAUUUACCAUGGGGCUCCUGAAUGAAUGCCGGUAAUUGACAUUGGGAUGGGGUGCCUUGGAGAUGUUUUCAGAAAAAGACGGCCGUUGCCUGACGUUGGUGGGGACGUUCCGAAAUAUCUUCAACCUUCGCAAAAAGCACGGGCAGGGCCCGGAUCCCCAAGAUUCGCUCCGAAUUAGGUAGCUCGGGGGUGAUACUAUAUCCGCCGCCAUUCUCGCA